GGGAUUGUUUCAGUCAUUAUUGCCUUUACUUUGUUUUUAGCUGAGUCAGACAUGCUUCCACUUGGGGGGCAGCGAGGAAGUGCGCUGCAGGGGAAUGAAGGGGUGGAGAGAAGACUUUGCCAAAUCCAACCCUGUCCAUUGGCGUUUGGAAGGGGUUCCCUGUGUGUGUAUGUACUGUGCACACUUGCAAACUAAUAGGAGGACAUGCUCCCCUCACACUAUUGCUGCGAGUACACUCUCCCCAUUCAGUCUGGCCGACACUCCCCCCUCCCUCCUCAUAGUUGUGCUCCUUGCUCGGAGUGGAGUGUGGGAGUUGGCGCAGAAAGCGCUGCAGCUGAGGUGAAUAAACCGCUUGUUGAUUUGAUGGGAGUGUUUGGUGGGGAUGAAGGAGGAAGGUUUCAGUUCAUUCUCCCUCAACGUCACGGGCAGCUAGCUAAGAACGGUAAUUCUCUGAACCCAUUGAGGAUAACCGGGUGCCCUUCUCUGUCCUGGUGCCCAAAGGGCCUACAGCGCGGCAUUAGUGAGCGUCAGAUCGCUGCAGUGACUGUGGCGGAGCACAUGCUGUGUCAGGGCAGAAGUUGAUGUGCCAAGUCAUACUCCAUAAAUGGCUCUUCCCAGCUGCUCUAGCCACGUUCUCACAACAGCGCCCUGGACUCUCGUGUGUCCGGCUUGAGCUCUUGCUCAGAUUAAUGCGAUGUGUACGUGCGUCUUGCUGUGUGUGUGUUGCGCUGGGAGCAACAUGUGCCUCGGCUGCAGUGAGGCACCAGGGAACUGUCUGCGCCCCCUUAUAAAAAUCCCGUGCAAUGUGACACUUGCUGCUAGGAAGGCGGGGGAUACCCUUUUGCCUGUGUCAGUAGGUUGUACAAAUGAAGCGCACUUGUUUAUAUUACCCUCGCUCACUAUCCCAGCCACAGCCCCCCCCCCUCUGUUUUUAAUAGUUCUUAAAUUCUCCUCCUUCUCAAUAAAUAAGAGCCACCCCUUUAUUUCAGGAAGGGAGCAGUGAAAUACUUGUUUUUUUUCUAAUAAGGAGGGGAGGGCUGAGUGGGAGUCGCCCACAUCGGAGAGGUUUAUUUUAGUCAUUUUCAAUGAUUGUCCCGACUGCCAAGUAUUUUCCAGCAGCGCCCCCCUCCUCCUCCUCCUCUCAAGUAAAGGGGGUAGGGAGGACGAAAAGUAGGCAGGGCGCUGGCGGCAGGGAACUGAUACGAUAAUAAAUAGCAGGAACACGCGAAAGGCGAGGCUCAAAACAAACGUGGCUUUGCUGCUAGUGAAAAGAAAACAGAAUGAAGAUAAAGUUGGCCUUACAGAUUUGAUCCAGGAGGAAAGUGAAAACAGGACCAAGAAAUUUGCUGCUGUUUAACCAGAUGGCUGCCCUACUUUGGAGUUCCGGGAUGAUUAAGUGUGAGCACUGAUAAGUCCUUCAGUUUCUCUCAAUGAGCGUUGAAGCAAUAAAGUUAUUCUGGCACCUACAUCUUUAAUGAACAAAUGGCUUUAUCAGGCUGCCCAGAUGCAUUCUUACAUCCCUACUACCAGGAUAAUGUUGAUCAAACAACGGCUUGCUCACCGAGAGGUCUGGUGGAAACGGGAUUCACAUCUAAAAGAAUAUCACUAAAUCCAGAUGAUGAUGUUGAUCUAGAGGCCCUGGUAAAUGAUAUGAACUCCUCACUGGACAGCCUUUACUCCACAUGCAGCAGUGUCUCUGAAUCUGUGCCACUUCUAAAAAAUGGUCGGUUUAACAGAAGCCAGCUACCAAACUCAGGAACCAACUCUCUUCCGUCCAUGCCUCAUAAACAGAAGCUUCAGCGCUCCCAACCAAUGCAUAUACAUGCAGUCAGGCGUCUCCAAGAGGAACAACUGCGCACAUCAUCUUUGCCUGCAAUCCCAAAUCCGUUUCCAGAACUUUGCACUCCAGCCAGUUCACCAGUCCUUGCAUCAGGGUCUUUACCUCAAAAUCAGCCAGUGGGCAAGAAAAGUGUGGUUAAAGUCUUUAGUGAAGAUGGGACAAGCAAAGUGGUGGAGAUUCUAUCAGACAUGACAGCCAGGGACUUCUGCCAGCUACUGGUUUACCAAAGUCAUUGUGUGGAUGAUAACAGCUGGACGCUAGUGGAGCACCACCCUCACCUAGGAUUAGAAAGAUGCCUAGAAGAUCAUGAAAUGGUAGUCCAAGUACAAUCCAUGAUGUCAAGCGAAAGCAAGUUUCUGUUCAGAAAGAAUUAUGCAAAAUAUGAAUUUUUUAAAAAUCCUGUGAAUUUCUUUCCAGAACAGAUGGUGGCUUGGUGUCAACAAUCAAAUGGCAGCAUUCCCCAGUCUCAAUUACUGCAGAACUUUUUAAAUGCCAACAGUUAUCCUGAAAUUCAAGGCUUUUUGUAUGUGAAAGAGGUGGGCAAGAAGUCCUGGAAAAAAUUAUUUGUGUGUCUGCGACGUUCAGGGCUUUACUGCUCCACAAAAGGAAUGUCAAAGGAACCAAGGCACUUGCAAGGAAUCUCAGACCUAGAAGAUAGCAAUAUUUAUUCACUGAUAAGCUGCAAGAAACUUUAUAAUGCACCAACCGAUUUUGGAUUUUGUGUCAAGCCCAGCAAAGUGAGAAAUGAGGUGAAGGAGCUGCGUUUUUUAUGUGCAGAAGAUGAACAAAGCAGGACCUGUUGGAUGACUGCAUUUAGGCUUCUCAAGUACGGAAUGUUGCUUUAUCAAAACUACAGAAUUCCUCAGCAGAAAAAAAACUUGCACACAAACUUUUCUACCCCAGUGAGGAGUGUAUCGGAAAAUUCCUUAGUUGCAAUGGAUUUCUCUGGGCAGACUGGAAGAGUUAUUGAAAAUCCAGUAGAAGCACAAAGUGCUGCUAUGGAGGAAGGUCAUGCUUGGAGGAAACGCAGCUCACGUAUGAACGUACUUAGUAGCCAAAGUCCACUUCAUCCUUCCACACUAAGCACAGUAAUUCAUAGGACACAGCAUUGGUUUCAUGGCAGAAUUUCUAGAGAGGAAUCGCAAACCAUCAUUAAACAGCAAGGGCUUGUGGAUGGACUUUUCCUUCUAAGAGACAGCCAAAGCAACCCAAAGGCUUUUGUGCUUACACUAUGUCAUCACCAGAAAAUAAAGCAUUUCCAGAUUUUACCAUGUGAUGAUGAUGGUCAACUAUUCUUCAGUCUUGAUGAUGGGAAUACCAAAUUUAUGGAUCUAAUACAACUUGUUGAGUUUUAUCAGCUAAACAAAGGUGUCCUGCCCUGCAAGCUCAAACACCACUGCAUCAGAGUGGCCUUAUGACCCCAAGUAUAGACUAUAGGGAUGAUCUUGGCUUGGGUGGGAAGAAGACAUGUUCUAACAUGCACCUUGUGACUGAUUUAAGCAGCUGGUGCCAACUAAUUCAUCUUAUUCUCUGGUUUUAAAUAGGUCUACAAUGAGCUGUCAUAUUCCAGUGCCCCCAGUGGUAAAACUGGCCAUGUUGACUGAGAAAUAAGCAAACACCUGCAAUCAUUAUUAGGUUGGGCUGUUCACCAGUUUUGAUCAAUAUUGCGAGUUGGGUUGGCUAGGAAUGGGAAUUAGUUUAGCAAGUGGGUAGGUGUGAAUAAGGACUAUUGCCCUGGAGUAAUCUUGACAAUAAAGACUGGUCUGUUUACUUUUUCUUUUUUUUUUUAAAUUGAAAUACAUUUUGCACUCCUGGAUUACGGCCUUUAAAAAGAGCUGGUGCGGCAUUUUUUAAUUCAUGCAGCAGAUGGCUUGCUGUAAUGUGUGAAUUGCAACAGCCUAAAGGAUUAAGGGGAAAAAUCAUGAUGUUACUAAGAAGGCUUUGUGCUCCUGUCACCUGCAUGCAUCUUGCUGAGAGCUCAUCUGGAGACUGGAUAAAGCCCUAGAUUUUCCCUUACUCUUUACUCACCAAUAAGCGAAGUGGCUGUUAAAUGUCUGUCCUAAUAAGCUUGAGUCUGUAAGUGAUAACUAUGCAUAAAUGUUUGAACUACAGUUUUACUCUACCUUAAAUACAUCUGUUGUAUUCAUCAGGAAACAAUGUGGUUUUCAGACAAUAUAUGGUGAAAUAGUCACACUCACUUAGAACAGGCUGUAUUUUUGUGAAACAUUUCAAUUGUCUACCUAGAGUAACAAAUUUUCUUCUCCGUAUCUAUCUGUAUAUUUUUCUUCAACAAAGGCUUCCUUUGUCUCAAGGAAGAUUCAGUUAUUAAAAUACUCACCUGGAAAUAGGAAUUUCACAUAACAGGAAAGUUUUCUGUGGUCUUGAGCUAAACUUCUUUUCUAUUUAGUUCUGUCCAUAGAAGGGCUAUAAAUCUUUUUUUCCUGCAUUAUUAAGGAGUUAAAUAUAAGUCUGCAUUUUGUACUUGGGGAUCACUCCUGGUACAAUCAGACGCUUCAGAUGUAAUUUACUACAACAAAUUAGAUACACUGUAUUCUGGAUUAAGGAUCACAUUCUGUCAUGCCGUUAUUCAUGUAAAGUCUGCAUAUAAAAUGAAGAAACUUGAUUGGAUGUUUUAGUUUUGUUCUUUUUCUGUAUAUAAUGUUUUUAUGUGUGGUUUUUUUUUAUUAUUAUUUAAAACUUAACUCUGAACGUGUUUAAAGAGAAAAUAUACCUCCCUUUUGACAUAAGCCUAGUCAGUUGGGUUUAUGUAGAAAAUGUAGCUGAACUUCCAGAUAUACAUAUAAAUGUAUUUCUUACACAAACUGAUUCCACAAAGAAGAAGAAAACCAAAAGCUUUUUCCAAAGAUCCCUUGUGCUCAGAGUGCAAUGCAACCCCUCCCUCGCUUUGUUUCAUUGUGAAGUGAUGGAUUGUGGGACUUGAAGUCCCUCUGCUUUUCAUAGUAAGAACUGCAUAGUUUUUCUGGAAAGCAGAGAGGCUUCAAGUCCCAGAAUCCAUCACUUCACAAUGGAACAAAAUAUGGGUGCGGUUGCAUUACAGUGAGGAUCUAGGGAGGUGGGGAACUGGCAAACACAGAUAGUAAACUCACUGGCGUCUGUGCAAUAUGCUAUAUCUGUGUAAUAUAAAACACAUUUACAUUUAUCUCUGGAAAAUUCAGAUAGUGUUUAGGCACCUUUACUUCACAUGGCCAACUGAAUAAGCUGUUAUCAAACUGAGGUGCAUAUUUUCUCUUUAAAGGGCUCCACAGACACAGCAAAGCAUCGCCCUAUAACAGGGCUGUCCAAUAGGAGACCUCCAGGCUGCAUGUGACCUUCCAAGGCAUUUCUUUGCCCAGCCUGCUUAGAGGCUUAACAGACAUCUUUGUUUAUUUAAAUAGAAUUGGCCAGAUACAUUGAAGAUGUUGGUCAGCACUGCCUGAAAUGUGCUGCAGGCCCCUAGCAAACCUCCUCUCGGGCUGUAAAAGUGUUGUGGUGCCAUUUUUUUUUUAAUAUAAUCCGAAGUGUUGCAUUACUGCCCCAAAACUCUGUUUAGCUUUUCACAUCAAGUCUGGAGCACUAGUUGCCUCACCUGUGAUGAGCAGCAUUUUGUUUGUUAAUGGAUUGUUUUGCAUCACCAGCUAUUCUUACAUACAAACUUCAACUCCCCUCAAUCGCUUAGUGUAUCUACAUUGUUGGGCUGGAAUGUCUUAUGAUACCUAUAAUAUGAGAGUAUUACUAGAUUGUUUUAGGAAUUUAAUAAUGUGCCAAUGGUAAGAGUCAUCAUUUUAUUUUUUUGUAAUCUAUGUAUAAAAGCAUCUUAUUAAAAGGACAGCCAACUGAAUAUUUGUUAGC